AUGGGAGAAGAAAAAAAGGAAAAGAAAGAAAAGAAAGAGAAGAAGGAGAAAAAAGAAAACAAAGAAGAAGAUGCAGGAGCUCCAGCAGAAGAUAAAAAAGAGACAGCAAGUAGUGGAGGCGGUGGUGGUGGUAAACGAGCUCAAAGAGCUACUUCAAAUGUUUUUGGAAUGUUCCCUCAAAAUCAAAUUCAAGAAUUUAAAGAGGCCUUUACGUUGAUCGAUCAAAAUCGUGACGGAUUUAUUGACAUUGAAGAUUUAAAAGAUAUGUACGCAUCGUUGGGUCGGACACCAACUGAUAAAGAAUUAAAAGAAAUGUUAGAUGAAUCACCUGGUCCAUUGAAUUUCACAAUGUUUAUCAACUUAUUCGGUGAAAAGCUAAAUGGUACUGAUCCUGAAGACGCACUACGUAAUGCAUUUGCAAUGUUUGAUCCAGGGAACAAACGAUAUUUGGAAGAAGAAUACAUCAAAGAUCUUUUAGAAAAUAUGGGCGAUAAUUUCUCUGCUGAAGAGAUAAGACAAACGUGGAAAGAAGCUCCAAUUAAAGAAGGCAAAUUGGAUUACGAUGCAUUUGUAAAUCUCAUAAAGCGAGGCAAUCAAGACAUUUAG